ACAACAGUAGAUGUUCAGUCCGAGUCUGCUCCGGCUGUGCCGGACACCCCUUGAGCCAUGUUCCCGUCUCCAACAAGCAAAUGAAAGUUGCUUUUAUCUGGGCUGAACUCGCAGCGCUCCGGUCCUGCAUGAGAGAGGCGCCGUCGCCGGAUUUCAGCCCCGCGUUUUGAAGCGUCUCCGCCGGCCGAGGAGCCGCAGCCGCCCCGCCUGACAGGUGCCUUCCCCCGGCUCCGCCGCGGAGAGAUGCCGCCCGUCCAGAGAACCAUGUCCGAUCUCCGCAGCCGAGUGGAAGGAUAUGAAAAGACAGAGGACACAUCUGAGAAGACAUCCUUGGCUGACCAAGAAGAUGCCCGAUUGAUAUACCUCAACCAGCCACAGUUCACAAAGUUUUGCAACAAUCGUGUCAGCACAGCCAAAUAUAACGUCCUCACCUUCCUUCCUCGAUUCCUCUACUCCCAGUUCAGGAGGGCGGCCAAUGCUUUCUUUCUCUUCAUUGCUCUGCUGCAGCAAAUUCCAGACGUGUCUCCGACUGGCCGCUGGACCACGCUGGUGCCGCUGCUCUUUAUCCUGGUGGUUGCUGCUGUAAAGGAGAUCAUUGAAGAUCUGAAACGCCACAAAGCUGAUAAUGUUGUCAACAAAAAGGAAUGUCAAGUCUUGAGGAACGGUGCGUGGGAGAUCGUCCACUGGGAGAAGGUGGCCGUUGGGGAAGUAGUCAGAGCUGCCAACGGGGAUCACCUCCCGGCUGACCUCGUCAUUCUGUCGUCCAGUGAACCACAAGGUAUGUGCUACAUUGAGACGUCUAAUUUGGAUGGAGAAACGAACCUUAAAAUCAGACAGGGUCUCCAGGUGACGGCUGAAAUCAAAGAAAUUGACAGCCUGAUGCGUCUUUCUGGACGGAUGGAGUGUGAAAGCCCAAACCGUCACCUGUACGAGUUUGUUGGAAACAUCCGCUUGGACGGCCACAGCACGGUACCUCUGGGUCCGGACCAGAUCUUACUGAGAGGAGCCCAGCUGAGGAACACCCAGUGGGUCCACGGUGUGGUCGUGUACACAGGUCAUGACACAAAGCUCAUGCAGAAUUCCACACGGCCUCCUCUGAAGCUGUCCAAUGUGGAGCGCAUCACCAACUUUCAAAUCCUCGUGCUGUUUGGUUGCCUGCUGGCAAUCUCUCUGGUCUGCUCCAUUGGCCAAACCAUCUGGAAGUACCAGUAUGGCAAUGAUGCCUGGUACAUGGAUCUCAACUAUGGCGGGGCUGCUAACUUUGGCCUCAACUUCCUCACCUUCAUUAUCCUGUUCAACAACUUGAUACCCAUCAGUCUUCUGGUAACGCUGGAGGUCAUCAAAUUCAUCCAGGCCUUUUUCAUCAACUGGGACACCGAUAUGCUGUAUGAGCCCACAAACACACCCGCUAUGGCCCGCACCUCCAAUCUGAAUGAAGAAUUAGGCCAGGUGAAAUACAUUUUCUCUGACAAAACUGGAACGCUGACCUGCAACGUGAUGCAGUUUAAGAAGUGCACCAUUGCCGGUGUGGCCUAUGGUCACGUCCUGGAGGCUGAGGAUGGUAGUUUUGCAGAGGAGGACUGGCACAGCACACAGUCAUCAGAUGAGGCCGGAUUUAAUGACCCGAGCUUACUGGAAAACCUCCAAAGUAAUCACCCUACAGCUGCUGUUAUCAUGGACUUCAUGACCAUGAUGGCCAUCUGCCACACUGCAGUUCCCGAGCGCGUGGAUGGGAAAAUCACCUACCAAGCAGCAUCUCCAGAUGAAGGAGCGCUGGUGAGAGCAGCACUGAACCUGGGCUUUGUGUUUUCUGGACGGACCCCAGACAGCGUCAUCGUGGAAAUGCUUGGAGGAGAGGAGAAGUACGAACUGCUUCAUGUGCUGGAGUUUACAAGCACAAGGAAGAGAAUGUCAGUCAUCAUGCGCACCCCAUCUGGAAAGAUCCGCCUGUACUGCAAAGGAGCUGACACGGUGAUCUAUGACCGUCUGGCAGACAGCUCUCGGUACAAAGAGAUCACAUUAAAGCAUCUGGAGCAGUUUGCGACUGAGGGUCUGCGCACUCUGUGCUUCGCGGUGGCAGAGGUCCAUGAGUCGUCGUAUCAGCACUGGCUGGAGAUCUACAACAGAGCCGUCACCUCCCUGCAGAACAGAGCCCUGAAACUGGAGGAGACCUAUGAGCUGAUAGAGAAGAACCUGCAACUCCUGGGGGCCACAGCGAUAGAGGACAAGCUCCAAGAUAAGGUACCCGAAACCAUCGAGACUCUAAUGAAGGCUGACAUCAAAAUCUGGAUCCUGACAGGCGACAAACAGGAAACGGCAAUCAAUAUUGGACAUUCCUGCAAACUACUGACAAAGAACAUGGGCAUGCUUGUCAUCAAUGAAGACAGUCUUGAUGCAACAAGGGAAACGCUCAGCCACCACUGUGGAAUGCUGGGAGAUGCGCUCUACAAGGAAAAUGACUUUGCACUCAUUAUUGACGGCAAGACACUAAAAUACGCUCUUACUUUUGGAGUGCGCCAAUACUUCUUGGACCUCGCCCUGUCCUGUAAAGCUGUCAUAUGCUGCAGAGUUUCUCCUUUGCAAAAAUCCGAGGUGGUUGAGAUGGUGAAGAAACAGGUGAAGGUGAUCACGCUGGCCAUCGGCGACGGCGCCAACGACGUAGGAAUGAUCCAGACGGCUCAUGUCGGUGUGGGAAUUUCAGGCAAUGAGGGGCUGCAGGCCGCAAAUUCUUCUGACUACUCCAUCGCCCAGUUCAAAUACUUGAAGAAUCUACUCCUUGUUCACGGGGCCUGGAAUUACAACCGUGUAGCCAAAUGCAUCCUGUACUGCUUUUACAAGAACAUCGUUCUCUACAUCAUCGAGAUCUGGUUUGCUUUCGUCAAUGGCUUCUCUGGUCAGAUCCUGUUUGAACGUUGGUGCAUUGGCUUGUACAACGUGAUCUUCACUGCUUUGCCUCCUCUCACGCUGGGAAUAUUUGAGCGAUCGUGUAGGAAAGAGAAUAUGCUGAAAUACCCCGAGCUCUACAAAACCUCCCAGAAUGCAAUGGGUUUUAAUACCAAGGUCUUCUGGGCCCAUUGUCUGAACGGCCUCUUCCACUCCGUCAUCCUCUUCUGGUUCCCCCUUAAAGCCUUCCAACAUGAUACAGUGUUUGGCAACGGAAGAACUCCAGACUAUCUCCUCUUAGGGAACAUGGUUUACACAUUUGUGGUCAUCACAGUUUGUCUUAAAGCCGGCAUUGAAACGUCAUCCUGGACCAUGUUCAGUCACAUCGCCAUCUGGGGAAGCAUCGGCCUGUGGGUGGUGUUUUUCAUUAUCUACUCCUCCCUGUGGCCCCUCAUCCCUCUGGCACCCGACAUGUCAGGCGAGGCCAACAUGAUGUUCAAUUCAGGGGUCUUCUGGAUGGGCCUGUUCUUCAUCCCCGUCACCUCGCUGGUCUUUGACGUGGCCUACAAAGUAGUGAAGAAGGCCUGUUUCAAGACCCUGGUGGAUGAGGUGCAGGAGCUGGAGGCUUUAUCCAAAGAUCCUGGAGCAGUGGUGCACGGAAAGAGUUUGACGGAGAGGGCCCAGCUCCUGAAGAACGUCUUCAAGAAGAGCACGGUCAGCCUGUACCGCUCCGAGUCCAUGCAGCAGAACCUGCUCCCGGGGUCCUUUGAACUUGCUCGCUGUCCUCCAGGCACUGAGCGAGUCAUUUGACACCUGAAGACGGCUAUGCAUUCUCUCAAGACGAGAACGGCGUGGUGUCUCAGUCUGAGGUGAUCAGAGCGUACGACACCACCAAACAGAGGACCAACGAGUGGUGAGCCCGCGGCCGGGAGGGCCGGCCACUUCGGAGCCACAGCUGCCGUCUCCGAUGGCGAAGUUUGAAGCUUAACGGGGAGGAGCGUUGAUGCCAGUGUGAACCUCCAGCACUGAGGGAUUUCGGGAUACGAGAUGGACUGAGGGGACUGACAUUGUGCAAUUUUUAAGAAUAAAAAAAAAAAAAAAGUGGGGGCGGGGGGGUUGGAACAAAGACAAACUAAUUGUUUACUAUCAGCUGUAGUUGUGUGUCCAGCAGACAUGAUGAGCGCCGUGCAGGCUCAAGUUCUUCACUGUUGUCGCUCCGCUUGUCUGAGCAAACGCCUCUUUUCCAUCAACCUUCAAGUUCAAAGCUUUCAAGCGCCGACCGGCAAAACUUUAGUCAUUUAAUGAAACUCCUACAUGCAAAAGUUGAAAGACUGCACACUUAAACGUUGGGAAGAAUUUAAUUUGUAAGGGAUCGCAAAAAGCAGUCGGAUAUACAAUCGUCGAAGAAUUUGGAAAGUUUGAAACCAAACGCGAUUAAGUGUAUUUCCACUCAAGAGCAAAUGUUUGUAAUAUUUUAACUUUCUGUUUGCACUGAAAGAAGCAUCUCUUGUGUGAAGCCUUACAUUUGCUCCUGCCUUCAUCCUCCUUUGUUCUUUUAAAAAUGUAUUUAUUUUAUUAUUCAGUUUUAUUUUCUCGGCCUGUACAUAUAUUGUGCCUGUUUUUCUUUUCUUUUCUUUUUUUUUUUUCUCUUCGGUUCACAUUUUUCGAAGUUGCCUAUUGCAACCCGCAAAUGUCCCGUUUCCACCGUUUUUCAGCACAGAAGCAUCAGUGUCGACUCAGAAUUGCAUUCCACACCUCACUCCUGUCCGAUCGAUCACAGCGGUGCCUACGUCAAAGCGUUUCCCCUCCGAGAAGAAAAAGAUAGCCAAGACUAGUUUAAGUGCUACACUCACACUCACACAGACACACACCUGAAGACAAAAGUCGAUCCCACCACAUCGUCAGACUCCUGCGGCGUUGAAAGUUCCGGUUUGUUCCACGAGAGGUGACGGCGAGGCCUCGUGGCCUCGGUGGUGUUUUUUCUCAUAAAACGGAGAUUUAUCCCUCUAACAUAAGUGCCAUUAGCUUAAGGGAGAGAGAAAUAUUAGCCAGGAAACUCCACGACAGUAUCAAAACUACUUUGUCUCUGUAGUUGUUUUGUGGAUUUGUAUUUUUAUAUUGGAAAUGUACAACUUUUGCAUUGACCGGCUUUGUAAUGACUCGUCUGUAACUUCUAGUUUUUUGUGUUUUUUUUCUUCUUCUGAUGAAGUGGCAGGAUGGAAUAUAACCGAUGAGGAAACAGCUUUCUUAAAUGUCUUGUUGAUAUUAAUAUUGUUCCAGCUUGGUUUAUUUAUAAUUGACUACUUGUUGUCUGCGUGAUUGCUUUCUUCUCCCUAUGGGAGAUCAGAUUUCUGAUUGUGUGUCAGUGCGUAGCCUGCAUGUGCAUGUGCUGUAUGUGUGUGUGUAUGUAUGUAUGUAUGUAUGUAUGUGUGUGUGUGUGUGUGUGCGUGUGUGUGUGUGUGUGAACACGUGUGUCACCUCUACUGUGGAUAACUUCUUCGUAUGCACUGCAUGUCUGUGUCCUUUUUGCGAAACUGGGAGUUUAUGGGACAUACGUCGUCCAGGUGUGUUUUUUAGAGAGUGUGUGUGUGUGUGUGUGUGUGUGUGGUGAGGCUUGCUUCAGUUGUCCGUGUGCACGACUCCAGGUAUAGCUACGAUGUUCUGCUGUGUGCCGAUGCAUGACCCACGUCGGGAGUGUCGAUGUGCGGUGUGACUGCGUGUGGUCGCGUUCGGACCCUCGUCCUUCGACUCUGGGAGUUUCUGACACUCGCUUUCCCAGGAAAUGUUGCACAAAGCACUCAAUGUACCUUUCCAGUUGUGAUCCGGUAUUUUAUGUAGAUUCAGUGUAUGAUUUCUGAAGAGUGUACGUGUCUGUAAUUUAUUUUGUUUUUGUUCUUUUUUUCUCACGUUCGGGGUUUCUGAUGCUCUCGCUCUUUCUCUCUGCUCGUCCUUAACGUGAAAACUUGAUUUGACCUAAUUGUCGUUGCAAACUUCCAACCAGCUGAAUGUGGGUGUCAUCGUCGUGGAGGGCGCGGACUGUUGCUUUUUCUUUUUCCAGAAAACGUUAAAACUGUGUCGUCUGUGAAGGUCGUGGGCCGCAUGAAUGGAAACCACAAACUGCUCUCUAAAGUGUUAACUGCACUACUUUUAUGUUCCCUCGAGUGUUGAUCACUUUACGAAGGAGGAGAAAAAAAAAUGCACCUUUUAACUUUUCUUUUUAAUGUCAGGUUUCUUUUCUGUCAUUUUGUUCAGUAAUUAUUCUGCAUGUUGGGACUGCAAAACUUGUAAGUGUUGUCUUUUACUGCCAUGAAGGACUACUGAAAUAAACUACAAUCAUGGAGGAACCAUGUGAACGUCUUUGCUGAUUCUUGCGU